CCCCCCCAAAUCCCCCAUUCUCAUUACUCUUUCUUAUUCAACUCAGCAAUUCAAUUUUUGUGCAUCAUUGGAUGUGGGGAGGAAGACUGAUUCACACCUCAUUAAGUGAUGGAGAGUCCUCAAUAUUAUGCACCACCACAAAGUGUGGACUCCUCUCGUCCAUCUCUAGGAUUUCCUCUGGGGACUGCGCUUCUCUUGCUUGUCAUUUUCAGCUUGAGUGGUGUUUUCUCUUGCUGCUAUCAUUGGGACAAAAUACGAGCCCUAAGACGUCGAUCUCUAGCCGAUAUCGAAGCUGGAGAUGAUGAUCCUUCAUCUUUGAAAUCCAAACACAACAAAAUGAGUGAAAAGCAGAACCAAUGCCAAAGUAUGCCUGCAGUGUUGAUGCCAGGUGAUAUAGUUCCAAAAUUCAUAGCAAUGCCUUGUCCAUGUCAGCCGCCCAUACCGGAAAAAGUGGUGGUAGAAGAGCAGAAGCCGCCGCAGCCUCAGCCUCCUAAACCAGUUCGUAUGGUAGUGGGAUUACCUUUGUAUUAAUUAAAAAAAAGGGCAAAUUACCAACCUGAGCUGUGAUGUAGUGGUGAGAUUGCUUCAUUCUUAAUCAGAAAUCUCGAGUUUGAGCUUUAAAUCUGAAGAGAACUUUGUUGAAAGCGUCACCACCAAGUGGAUCCAAUAGUGCAUGAUUCGAUUUUAUCGGAACUUCGACACAAACAUCCAUCGAGAAAAAAGGGGAUGUUGUUGUAUGUACAUGAGUACUUGAGUAUAUAAAUUGAAUUUUAUUUCAAUCAUUCCCAAUCUUUUCAUUUGUAAAUACCAAUGAAAAAUUUUCAGUUCCCUGAUUUGUAUAUACUUCAUCUAUCUAUCAAAUAGUAUUCCUAAA